AUGGCACUUUGCUCAUCAUCGAUUUCCAUCUUUUGCGUGAUAAUACUGCUCGCUGAUCAUUGGCUUUUAUCGAUUGCUUUAUGCCAUGUUGCUGCUAAUCGAUUCUUUGGCUCGCAUGUACGAAUAAAAGAAGUUGCAUAUCAAGAAAGCAUCCAUUUGGUGUCUUUUGCAGCACCUGCUGCUGAAAUGGAUGGUGAUGAAGAUGGCGAAAUCCGGGAAAAGGUGGAGAAAUACACGAAGAUGUUAAGCUGUGAUAACAAAAUUGGCCAUGCUUUGAGACGCUUAGCAAACAUUAAUAUGACACUGGAGCUGUUAUCAGAGACAGGAGUGGGGAAAGCAGUGAAUCAGUUGAGAAGUCACGAGCAGUAUGGCACGAAGGCAUUGCGAAUCGUCGAAAAAUGGAAAGAUAUGGCAAGGAGUUGUGGCUUGAAGCAGCGAAGGAAACAGUUCCACUCACCAAGUUCAGAACGAGAAAGUCCCCAAAAAAAGUCGACGAAGAGCAAUCGAGAACAAGAAAAAGGAAGCAAGGGUAAGCAAGAAACAGAUGAUAGUGCUGGUGAAGUUCAUCGUAAUAAAAUUAAGCCAUCAAGUAAUGGACUGGAGAAUUCUUCUUCGGGUUUAAGCUUUGCAGAUAUGUUGGCCCGAGCCGAUACUGCCAAACCAUCAAAACUCAAAAAAAUGAAAACUAAUUGUAAUGAUUGGAAAUCAUCGAAAGUGGAUGUGAAUUACAGACCUUCCAAAGUAUUGAAUUUUGAACCCGUACUGAAAGAACAUCGUCCCGACGUAUCCAAAACAUCUGUGGUAGAUGCGUUUAUGUUUAAACCACGUAAAUCGCUGCGUAAAAUCUAUGCGGGUCGUCCGAGAAAUGAUGCUACCAAGGAAGUACCGACGUUACAGAAUUUAUGUAUUAAGAUAUUAACUGCCAACAUUAAUUCAAUUGAGGAAGUUGGUGACACGCCAUACUUUUUGCUGAAACCAGUGCUUGAGAAAUGCUCUUUAAAUCAAUUAUGUUUGAUUGAAAGGCGGAAUCCGCAAUUAAUGGAAGAUAGUGAUGAGUUAUGGGAGCGAAUUGUAAAUCGUACCUUUCCAAAAUAUGAAACAGCGGAUGAUGAAACAUGGCGAGAAUGCUAUUACCGUUUGUGUGAAGAAAAUGAGCGUAAGCUGAAGUUACUUUCAACAAAAAUAACUCAGCAUAACCGAGAAGCAACUGCACCAGUGAAAACAGCUUUGCUUGCGGAUGCAAAAGCUCCACGUGAAGUUCGUCGUCGACAAAUGCGUUACGGGACUCAGCAUGCUGCUCAUCCGUUACCAUCUGCUAAUGAAAUUUCAAAAGCACGCAAGGAAAUAUUUGAUAAAGGAAACAAGGAAGCCUUGGCGAAUCUACCCCAAGCAAUCAGAAAUACCAGUUCUUCGUUAGGCUUGCAUUCAGAAAAGAAGAAAAUGGUACCGAAAAAAGGAGCGUUGAUGAUAAAAACGCUGAGAAUGCUCAAUGUAAAACGUAGAAAAUAGUUAUUUUCAGGUUGGGAAUGAUAAACAAAAGUUUGUUGCAGACUGGAAUGGGGAAUAUACGGUUCGGAGCACAGGC